CCUAUAGGGAAAAAUGUCUAACCUUCAUCCAGAAGAACUUGAAUAGUUUAUAAGUGUCUCGACAUUAAUUACAGGUAAAUAUUAAUUGCAGAUGACAAGGAAACAAAGGUAACACUAUUGAUCGAUCCUGAUUGGAAACAAUUCUAUAAAAAUUAAUAAUUGAUGCUGAAUUGUUGAUCCUUAACACAUGGAAUAUUUCAGAGUUGUGUGCUUCACAUAGUUUCUAUCUGACGUCUUAUUGUAACACAACUUUAUUCCACGAUAUAUCAGAACUUUUUACUCAUUUUAUCACCGGAUGUUUCUAGAAAUGGCAAAGAUGAAACCGACCAUAGAAAUACCGUAUUGAUGACAUUAUAAUUCUUUUGUCAUACAACUGAAGUCAGUCAUUCUAAAAUUAAAGUCUCGAAAAAAAGAAAUCGGAUAUUUGCGACAUUUUCCAAGGAAACAUUUCUUUAUAAUACUUAAAGAAAGGGUAGAUCAUUUUACAAGAAACUUUGAUUUGACUGAAAAAUGGGAGGCUGCGGUUCUAAGAACGCAGCUGGCAAAAAUAAGAGUAUUUUAAUUGAAACUAUGGCAGGUCACGAAAAAGGGAUAAACUGUAUGGCGUUGAGCGAAGACGGGUCUGUUUUAGCCACUGGCAGUGAGGACAAAACUGCUCGACUCUGGAGCACAAAAACUCAUAAUUGUGAGUGUAUCGGUAUACUACGGGGACAUGAAGAAUACAUCAACUGCAUUCUGAUUGAGGAUUGUUAUGUUUUGACCGGAAGUGCAGAUAAAACAAUCCGGAAGUGGGAUGUUAGCACGUGCGAAUGUGUUUUAAUCUGUCGAGGACAUACUUCGAUUAUUUACCGUAUGAUAUGCACCGGAGAUUUUAUUUUUACAAGUUCAUAUGAUUGUACGGCACGAUGCUGGGAUUUCGAAAACGGAGAAUGUUUAAGAGUUUUUCGCGGUCACAAAAAGUUCGUUUGCCCGCUAAUUUUCAUCCCAGCAGACGACGAUGACGCUGAUGGUACAUUGGACAUGGAAGGAGCAAAUGACCUCUUGAUAACGGGUUCGGCAGAUGCAACUGCAAGAAAAUGGAAUUUUGAGACCGGCAAAUGUUUGACGGUAUUCAAAGGUCAUGACCACAGAGAAGGCGCCAUAAUGUGCAUGGCAACAGACAAUCUAGGCAGAGUGUUAUUUACUGGUAGUGCUGAUAAAACGGUCCGCAGCUGGAACUUAGCUAGGGGAGAACAGCUGAAAGUCUUUGAAGGUCACACCGGAUCCGUCAUUUGUAUGCAGGUCAUAAAUAAAAUUAUGUACACGGGAAGUGCAGACCAUACGGCACGUGCAUGGGUAACAGAGUUUGGAGAUUGUACGAGAGUUUAUAAAGGUCAUAAACAUUCUGUGGCAGUCGUGAAGUUUCGAGACGGAUUAUUAUACACUGCAUGCGGUGAUGGCAUAGCAAGAACUUUUGACGCUAAAUCGGGAGCUCUUAAAAGAGAGUUCAAAGUGUUCACCGCUAGUGGUGAUAACACAGCAAGGUGCUUUGAUCCCAAAUCUGGUGCUCUGAGAAAGACGUUUGAAAGUCACCAUUUUUGUGUAACGUCCAUUGAGAUAGUAGAUGGCAAGCUGUUUACUGGAUCCUUUGACGGGACGAUGAAAGUUUGGGAUACAACCGGGAUUAUCGAUGAUACUACGUUUGGAAAAGACGACAAGGAAAAGGAGAAACAAAAACAACAACAACUAGAUAAAAACCAGAAUGGCAUUGAAAAUGGCAAGAUAAUGAUUGACUAGUUACAAUGGUUAUCUACGAAACAGUGACUCUUUACUUCGUUAUACGGAGUCAGCAUAGACUGUUCCGAAUUAAAUCUGCGGUCGGUGUUGAAUUACUGAUCUACUAUGUAUUUUUUGUAAGAUAUGGACAAAUAGACUUAUUUUGGUGACAAGCUGGGUUGAAGAACUUUUAUGGUAUUUUGUGAUAUCCCUUUUUGUUUUAUUGCCACAGAAAAGUUAUAUUUAUAAGUUUGUAUACAUUGUUACUGUUUUCACAAUCCUGUCUCUUUUUUUUCAAAUCCUAAGAUAUAUUAUGGGGUCGAAAGAUCUUCAAAACUACAAUCUCACAUGUUGAAAUAAAAUAGAAUAGUCAUAGUCUUAUAUCUUAAAAUUAACACUUUUACUUCUUGUUCUUCUAAUUAACAAUUUUUUUAAAUUUUUAUUGUAUCUUUGAAUUGUAAAAUAAAAUCUAAGGUUAAAUAGUUAAGUUUUAAAUACCUUUUUCAAAUAUUUUGAACAUGUUGAAAAACCACAAUCUUUUCAACGUCGAAACUAGUAUCCAAAAUUAAUGAGCAGAAGAUAUCUUGCAGCAAAUAUUUCUAUAAGAUUGAUAAUCCUUGUUAUGAUUUAGACGUAAAGCUUAAUGAUACAUGUACACCUUAUAUUUUCAAAUCGAAUAAGAACUGUAAUUGUAAAAGACUAUUUUCAGUCUGUGGUCCUAACUGGAAUAACUUAUGUGGUAUAUUAAAGGGUAGAUUUUUUUCAGGCGACAAGCGGCCCAUUUUGAUACCUUUUUCGUAAAUCAAGCCGAAAAAUUAAAUCUUAAUUAUUCACGUCGCAUUUAUGAGUAAACGUUAGCAUUAUGCAAAGAAAAUGUAUAUCGUUAACAUAAUUUUAUAAAUCAAUUUUGUAUCGUCAUGUUGGCGACCCCAUUAACACCAUCAUACAUCAUAUGAGGAUGCGAAAGGGGCUAAUAAAUAAAUUGAAAAAUAGUUCAUAAAAUUUCUUCUUACCAAAUAAUAAUGCAUUUUAAUAUAUAAAAAUAUCAAAUGCACAAGAACUUGAGCGAUAGCUUGUGCGCAUGUGUAAAUAUAAUUAUUUUGUUACAAAAAUUUGAUAGUUUUCGUACCGUCAAUGGCUCAUUCAAUUAUAAUAGGUAAUUUCAAAAAUUCUUAUAUCCGAAAGUUCAUUGUCUAGAUCUCAAAACUAUCUUUGUGAAAUCCUAGUCUGAUGUGAUGUUUUCACUACUGCUGAUGUUUUAAAUUACCCGUCCAUUUUUUUACUUGGUGUAGUAUAUAAAAUGUUAUUUUUGUAUUUUAUAGCUAUUUGUUGUGUCACGUUAUCAUGGACAUACUCUUGUGUACAUAUUUUACUUGUAACUCAUUGCUGUUAUUAAUCCAACGAACAAAAAUAAUUUUCUGAAACUAAAUCAAUACUUGGGUGUCGCGUUUUGAGCCGCACAUGUUACAAAUCCUUGUGCAGAACGAUUUGACACUAACAAUACUACAAUAUUGCUUCAAAAUCAUUAAAAAUGAUCAUAAGUGCUACAUUGUCAUCAUGUGUUACCGUUUUGUCCAAUUAUAUAACGACAAAUCGUCAUUUGUAACAACAGUUUCUCUGUUGUAACUACAUUGUCACAAUAUGUAACAACAUUUUCCUUACUUGUAACAACUUUGUCUAAAUUUAUACAUAUCGCCAUUCGUAACAGUACAAAAAUAAGUAGAUGUGGUAUUGCGUCUAACAAUAUAUAACAAUAUCAACAUUUCUAACAAUAUCAUCGGUUAUUACGUCAAAUUAUUCGUUUGUGGGUACAUUUCUUCUUUUGUAAAUAUUUUUUAUUAUUUUAACUGCAUUGUCACCAUAUCAACAACAUUAUCGCCAUAUCAACUAUAUCAUCUACAUACUAACUACAAUGACACUAUCUGAAAGAAGUGUGUCGCCCUUUUGAAUACUUUAUAUACUGUACCAAACACCUUAACUCAUACACCUUAUCGCCAUUUGUCCGCCAUUACUGGACACCACAAAGGUUCCCGUAAAAUUUUGAUUUCACAAUAAAAGAUGUCUCACGCCACAAAAGAAAGGUGAUUGUUGUAUGACGUUAGUAGUUCAAUUGUUUAUCGGGUCAAGUGUCGCAGAUUCCCAAAUAGCGAUAAGGUCUAUUUAAAUGUAUCAUUUUGCAUUAUUACAUUGCAUUGACGUAUUUUUGUCGUCGACAAGGUCGACAUCUUUUUUAACUGUGUAUAGAAAUAAUAUCAAAUUAUGUAUGUAGUAAUAACAUUGUAAAACUAUAAAAAUUUAAACUGGUUUAAAUAAUUCCUCCCUAAUAUUGAAGGAAUCAUUAAUUGACUCCAUUUUUUUUUUACGAUAUGAAAACACCCAUAAUCCUGUUUCGCAAUGAAAUAGAAAUUUGAUUGAAAUACAGAUUUUUUCUGACAAAAUGUGUGGUUCAAGUUUUUUGAAAUUUUUAUAUUUUUGUCAGAGUGUCAAAGUAAAUAUUUUGUCGAAAUUUUAUGAAAAUUAAACGAGCCAAAUUAAUUUUGAGUUCUAAAUUUGUUUGAAAAGUGUUUAUACUAUAAUUGUUAGAUCAUUUUUUCUAAAAGGUUCUGCGUAGACCUACUACUGUGUGUGGCUACCUUUUCUUUUUUUUUAUUCAACAACAAUAUUGCGCAUGCUGUUAACAGAUUUUUUUACUGGUACAGAUAUUUCAGUGAAGAUCUCUGUAUAUUAGUACCUAACGACAGGCUGCCUUUUCACUUGAACAUGUCUACACUUUUGGGUAAUGUUUGUAUCAAUUUCAAUCGAUUGAUAUCCUGUAUUUGAUACAUUCUUUUUGUUUUGUCCUAUGGUUAAAAAUUACUUUGUAUGACUUUUCUUCUUCUGUUUAAAUCUUUGAUAGUAAAGGGUUGACCAUUUGAUUUUCUGGGUUGGAGGAGUAUUUUGAAAAUGAAUAAUUUGAUCUGGUAAAAAACUAAAAAUAAGCAACUUUGCACAAGGCAAAAUAAAAAAUGAUUAUUCUGCAACACAAAAUGCAGGAAUCAAAUGUGUACAAAAAUGAAAACGCGGAAAAAAUAACCAAGCGUAGCAACAGAUGAAAAUAAAUGAUCAGUCCAGAAGCAAUUCUCCUGGUCCCCUCCCAGAAUAUCAAAUGGUCGUCCCCUCAUUCGGUAAAGAGUUGUAAACUUACUGAUGUCUUUCUUGUUGUUAAAACAUAUCUAUUUUGACUAUUAAAUGUUUUGUUUUA